AUGGUGGCUGCACACGACGAGCCGUUGCUUCAAGAGGUGAAAAAGACUACGACAUCUUUGUCGCCAACGACAGCUCCAACGUCAACGCCAAAAAGACUGCACUUUGCGGCCGUAUCGGCCGACGAGGCGCUGGAUAUUUUGCGGAACGAACCCGACUACGAUUCACUUGUAUCAGUGCUGCAGUACCUUCUCUCUGGCAAGUCCGAAGUCGACGUCCGCCAGCCUACGCCAAUGUCUGCCCAGGUGGUCCAGGUGCUGGUGACGGCCAUUGUGCCCAACUACUGGCCGCUCCUCCGAGCCGAGGGUACCAAGGAUCAUAAAGGGCAAUCUGCUCUUGCGUCGUUGCUCGCGUGCCUCCGGAGCGUGACCGGCCUAAGUGCUUUGGUCGUGAGACUCCGUGCUCUCUUAGCAGAAGUAAAAACGAAAACAAAGACGGCGGCAGGCAGCGUUGCCUCUGCCACAAACGAUCAGCCAGGAAACCCGGCAUGGCAGCUCCGGAUCCUGGUCGAUUUGCUGUCUGAGCUCUUGGCCGGCGACGAGGUCGUUUGCCAGGUCUGGACCGUCAGCACGGCCGCAUCCGAUGAUGAUGCCAAACGGCGGCCGCUCGCACAAGAGUACUUGAGUAUCAUUGGUGGUGGGCGGAUUGUCUCGCUCGCGGCCGAAUCUGAGAUGGCUGUUCGUUCCGAGUUCAGUGCCGAGAAGCUCCCUGCGACCUGGGUUGCCAAUGGUAGAGAAUACAGUUUGUGGCUGGCAAAGGGCAUUAUGAGGUGGGCCGUAAAAGACGCGGACCCAGAGCACAAGAAAGUGCAGGGUUCUCUUCUUGCGAAAGCUCUUCGGCUUGGAUAUCCUGACACUGUGGUCUCAUCUCUCGUCUCUGAUCUCAUCCUGAUCAAUGCUGGGUUGGACAACAGCACUUUGAGCCAUAUUCUGGAUCAUCUUCCAACUCACGAACAAAAGAAGAUACUGUUUGGCGUACUGAAAUAUGCGGCGGAGACCUUCCUUUCACCUUCUCCAGAUUCUACGGUUGUUGACACAGCAACUGUGGCUGCCGUAGCCAGUCUCAUAAAGAGUGUGGCCGACAGCAGCACCACUCUCCGAGAGCAGCUCAUUUCGUGGCUCUUGACAAAUGCCGCCGUGGGACUUAUCAACGGUAUCGGCAUUCGGCGGGCAGUCGUUGCUGUGGUUGCUGAAACACCGAAGAGCCUGACCGAGAUUUUGGAGAAGUCGAUAGCCGAGUUCGGAGACCAAUUGUUUAUCAAGCAUGCCCCGAUAAUACAGCAAGAAGGCAUGGUAGUCGGCGAGGCUCUGUCCGGGCUCAUUGACGACAAUAACAAGAAACUCGACUUCCACAUGGACGAGACAAAGUCGGACGAGGCCAUUUGGUAUAAGGGCCUUGUGCAGGUCUCUGACACGAUGGGCUCGCUUGAGUUGCUGAGGAAACGGACACCAGAAACAAAGGGCACGUCAGCCGCGGCAAAGACAACCAAAGCAGCCAAAACAGAUAAACUGCAGCCAUCCAAAACAGCUGCGAAGCCGGUCCACCGGCCACCAGUCCAACCAAGAAAAUCAGGCUUUGUCAUUGAGGAGCUCGAUUCGGACUACGAUGAGGGCAUAACAGGCGCUGUGGAGGACGAUAUUGUUGCGUACGGCAAACCAGACUCGGAUGCCGAAGACUCGGACGACGACCCGACCAUGAUUCGCCGCGACAAGCCCAAGGCGCCCGUGUACAUCCGCGACCUGAUUUCUUACUUUCGUGACAUUGAGAACUACGACAAGCAGAAACUGGCUCUGGCCACUGCGCCUGUCCUCAUCCGUCGCAAAGCCACGUUCGGCACAGAGGUGCAGCAGCAUGCUCAAGACCUCGCCUCGAUUCUCGUCGGCCUCCAGGACGCCUUCGAGAUGGCCGAUUUUGACCAGCUACGACUGCAGGGUAUGGUGGCCCUCGUUGUGGCCCAGCCCCAGCUCGUCGGGCCGUGGUACGCCCACACUUUCUUCGAUGGUGACUACUCUCUCGCUCAGCGGGCAUCCGUCUUGACGGCGAUGGGUCUGGGAGCCCGCGAACUGGCCGGCUUUGACAUCUCGGAAUACGCAUCGGCGGCCGCGUUUCCCUCGAAGCAGCUGCCCAACCGCAUGGAGCGCCUCUACGUGGCCCCAGAAGCGUCCCAACCAGGAAUUGGGCCGGGCAGCGCCUCGGCUCUCAAGGCGCUCGGCCCGGGCGUUCUCGACUCCAUUACAGACUCGCUCACAGCCACAUUCCUCCGUCCAAUCGCUGCUCAGGCGGCAGACGAUGCGACAGGCCCAGACGCUCUCAAGCUGACCUCGUUCAAGUCACGCUUGUCGAAGAGCGCCGGCGAUAACAAGGCUGUAAACACAGCAAAAGGAAAACGCACGGCCGCACAACCAGCAGCCGCCGUCAACACGUCUGGACCGCUCCUCUCGUCGGCAUUCUUCUUCCCACUCGCUGCUCGGUUCCGGCUCGCGCUCCAGACGUCGUCUUCGACGCGUAUGCGCCGCGUCCUCUUUGACCCUUCGCUGCUCUCGCUCUACCUCAAGACACUCGCUGUAAUCCUGCAUGCCGCUGGUCCUGGUUUGCUCGCUCUGCCCGACAUGACAGCCGAGCUGUGGCGCCUUCUGCUUAGCAGUAGUGUGCAGGCCCGCUGCGCCGGCGACGUGCUUGUGACGCAUGCUGUGCUCUUUGCCCUCAUGGCACUGCUUGACGUCAACGAAAACCGCGUCCGCGAACUAUGUCGCGAUCUGCCGCGCGAGGUUGUCCAAACCCGGGAGUGGGCGCUGCAAGUACUGGACAAUAUCCGCAGUAGCGGCGGCGGAGGUACUGAUGCCAGUGGUAGCAGUCAAGAAAGCGAAAUACAAAUGCUGGCCGCCGGCGCCUACAUCAAGCUGACCGAGGGCAUGGAGAGCUACAAAAAUCUGCUCCUGGGCGAGAUGAUUGGCUGA